UCCUAACACGGUUAAACAACUCCAACGCGUCUCAUUUAACUCGCGUUGGAACUUGGCGCGUCAGCAUCUAUCGUCUCCGAGCACCACCAUUCUCGUUUCCUCGUAGACAAAGGAUUUUGACUAUGACCCAAGACUUCCAACCUCGUGAUGGUCUCUUUUUUGCGGGUUCUGACGAUGAGGAUGAGGAUACGAAUUCGACAACGGCUCAGAUUGGCGUAUCAAUCCCCGGGCCAGCAUCUUCACAACUAGCUCCACCAUCCGGACUACCUUACCCCUCACGCGAGAAGCGUCUUUUCUUUGCCGACAGUGACGAUGAAGAUAUUCCACGCUUUCAAACUCCAAGGCCAAUUGCGAUUAAUCCGUCAUUAGUUAUGAAUGGUGAUGACAGUGAAAGCGACUUGGAGAUACCUUCUUUUGAAGAGGUCCCUCGAGCUUCCAGUGUCAGUAGUAUGUCUUCAGGGCCUUCUCUCAGAACGUCUUCGCCGGUGCCAGAUCCCUCUGGUGAAGAACGACCCGUCAAGAAGAGGCGACUCUCACAGUCUUCCAAGGUUCAGGCGCAUACGGGCAAAGCAUCAUCGGAUCAUCCUGCAUAUAUUGGAUCAUUUCUUGUCGGGAACGCCUGGAGUACUGUCAAAGGCAAAGGUUAUAUCAAACCAGGCGACAUCAUUCGCAUAGAAAGGGAUGAUCCUGAUGAUUCAAGGUCUGGCCCAUCAGUCUCAGCGAAAGGAAAGAAAAAAGCCCUUCCCGAUAAAGGCAAAAAGAAGCAACUCACCCUCGGCGCUAUGCUGAAAUCGCAGCCACCCAAGACGACAAAGAAAGCUGAUACGGUAGUUCGGCUUACGAAUGAUCGCGGUUUCGAGUUUGGUCGUCUUCCGCAGCAUGUUUCAUCUUGGGUUUCGAGGCUCCUUGAUUUUGGGAUCGUCGACUUCGAAGGCAGCACAAUGGUGGACUGUCCAGCCACUCUGCAUUCUGGUGCAGACUUGAUAGUCUCGUUGUCUGUAUAUAUCCGUACAUCUGCAUUCAAGCCACCAAGUACUUCCGCGGAGAAGCCACCGAAAACGAUGUUCAAUCAGAGUCAAGAAACACAAGAUGAACAAACUCUUAGAGAACGCAAAACUGCGCUACUAUCUCUCUUCGAAGCUGUUAACCUCCGCCCUUGUAAGGGGGCACGUGUCCAAGAUAAUGGCACAGAGAAUGAAUCUGAUGGUAUGAGCAAACAACUAACGCAACAUGCCGGAGGUUCCAAGAAGAAGAAAAUUGAAAUCGUUGGUGACGGCGAGGAGGUCGAAGUAGAAGAAGGUGAGGAACUGUCUGACAACGAGCUGGAUGUGAUCUACAAGAAAGCCCAGAAGAACGAUCGAUCAAUGGCUGAGAUGGAUCCUCCUGACACGUUUACAUUAACACUGAGGGGGUACCAGAAACAAGCACUUAUGUGGAUGCAUCUAAAGGAAUCGGGCGAAAUAUCUGCGAGAGAAGCUGUGUCUAUGCACCCUCUGUGGAGCGAGUAUAUUUUCCCUGCCGAACCCCGGGAUGGUAUAAUAGACCUAACUGAAAACGAGAAACCGUUCUACUUCAACCCUUACUCUGGGGAACUCAGUCUUGACUUUCCUAAAGCCGAGCGCAAACUCAAAGGAGGGAUCCUUGCUGAUGUGGGAAUGGGGAAAACCAUCAUGUUAUCCGCUCUCAUCCACACAAACCGAGAUCCAGAACCCAUCCUUCCUGAUGAUACCUCCAGGGAUCUUGCACGCGCUCGUCAGCAGAAACUUGACAACGCAUUCCGGUCAAGGGCCCUCGGACAGAGGAAGAAGCGUACCAAAGGCCCUUCUGCAACACUAAUAGUUGCUCCUACCUCACUGCUAUCUCAGUGGCACGAUGAACUCGAGCGAUCAAGUGUACCCGGGACCAUUAAAGUCACUGUCUGGCAUGGGCAAAAUAGGCUGGACUUGGACGGUAUAGAAGAUGAUUCGGAUGACGAUGCGCCUAUCACCGUGAUUGUUACAUCCUACGGCGUACUCGCCUCCGAACACUCCAAACUACUCAAGUCUGGUGGCCAAUCCUCCAUCUUCCAAGUGGAGUGGCUACGAGUCAUCUUGGACGAAGCCCAUCAUUGUAAGUCGAGGACAAGCAAGACCGCGCGAGCUGUAUAUGCUCUUCGUGCCAGACGUAGAUGGGCCGUGACAGGGACUCCAAUUGUCAAUAAACUUGAGGACCUUCAUUCGCUCCUGCUGAAGCUGUUUGUCAGCUUCAUUACUGUGCCAUUCCUCGCCCGUGACCCGAAAGCAAUAGAAAUAGUGCAAGUGAUCCUCGAGAGCGUCCUUCUCCGACGCGAGAAGAACAUGCGUGAUAACUCUGGAAAACGCAUCGUCGAGUUACCUGCGAAGGAGAUCACUGUUGAUACACUGCACUUUACACCUGCAGAACAAAAGAUGUACGACUCCAUUUACAAUGCGGCAAAGCGGAACUUCGAUCAGCUCAAUGCGAAAGGACUAGUGGGCAAGAACUACACGCAUAUUCUGGCUAUGAUUAUGAGACUUCGUCGGGCAGUGCUUCACCCAGACCUUGUCGCUGAUGCUAGCGAUGGAACGGAGACCAAACCCGCUGGAGACUCCAAAGAUGGAGCGAUCGAUGUGGAUACCCUUAUGAAGGACAUCUCAAAGAAUGAUUUGUCGAGUGGCUCGAAAGUGGCCUAUGCUGAGAGCGUCCUAGCUAGCAUUGACACGUCCAGUGAUGCAGAAUGCCCAAUCUGCCUUGAUGUGAUGCAAACGCCGUCCAUCAUCCCCCUCUGUAUGCAUCAAUGUUGCAAAGAAUGUAUUGUGUCAUAUCUUGCGACGUGCACGGACAAGGGAGAGGUGCCACGAUGCCCGACAUGCUCACAAGGACCGGUCAAGGAACAAGACCUCGUUGAGGUGCUCCGACCGUCUGGUCAAAAUAGCCUACUCCAGGAGUCCACAGGGGGCGAAAAUGAAGGGACGUUGACAUCAGGAGUCUUCCUGCGCCGAAAUGAUUUUAGGUCGUCCACGAAACUGGAUGCUCUAGUACAAAACCUCAGACGACUUCGAGAUCAAGAUCCAUACUUCCGUGCUGUUGUCUUCUCGCAGUUUACGUCCUUCCUUUCACUUAUCUCUGUUGCACUGGACCGUGAACGCCUAUCAUGGUACCGUUUUGACGGAUCGAUGGACAUCAAGAAGCGCAAUGCUGCCAUAUCAGAGUUCAAGCAGAACGAGCGGAAGCCCAAGGUUCUCAUUGUCAGCUUGAAAGCAGGCGGCGUUGGUCUGAACAUGGACUGUUGGUGGAACGCCGCCACGGAAAAUCAAGCCAUCGACCGCGUACAUCGAAUAGGCCAAGAGAAAACUGUUGAUCAUACGAUCGAAGGCCGGAUACUCCAGAUCCAAAAACGUAAGACCGCCAUCGUGAAAGAGGCGUUCCGGGGAAGCGAUCAAUCGGGGAAGGCAGACCCCGAGAGCCUCGAGAAUCUGAAAGUUAUAUUCGGUGAUGAUUAAUGACAACUCUUGUAUGAACGUUGCAUGUCCUCGUUCGAAUGUCAUCGAUCAACAAGGAUUUAUUCGUUGAUUCGAACGAUGCGAAAUGAUAUGAUUGA